GACAAAAUUGAGUGCUGUAAGAGUUGCUGUUUGCCCUGUGCCAGGAACAGGACAGCAUCAUUCUGUGGAUUGGUGUGCAGCCCUUGUCAGCUGAUCGCCCGUGGGUCACCAGGACACGGACAGGAGCACAGCCAAAGGGCUUGGCAUAGUAAGAGACUCGGAAGGUUUGGGGGUUGUUCAUUCUUGUCACUGACAGAACCAAGAGAAAUACUCUGGUUUGUCUUUCCAAUCUAAAAUUGGGUUCCAGGACAAAUACAGUCAGAAUAAAAGUUUACUUCUUUGCCACUUAAUCACACAAGAGCUACUGGGCAACUGUGCCAGGCAUUUUGAGAGGGAGUUUAUGCCAUAAGCCAUACUGGCCUUGAAGGUGAUUAGACACCUCUGGAUGCUGCAGAAUCAUUUCCCUGAAUUGUUAUGUGCUUUCAACAAAAUUAAUUGAACUGUCUUGCUAAUGAACAUGCAGCCACAUUUUGCAAAUGUAAAUCAGCUGGCAAAGCACCUGCCAAGUCAAGUGUCUUACCCUAAUGUAAUGGGUGACUAAAUACACAUUCCUAUGCUGGAGAUUUAAAUAAUCCUUUAGAGCACUGCUGCGAGUACCAGAGGCUUUGGCAGACAGAAGGAAACCUACCAAAGAGGAUGAACAAGCUGCAGAGACUGCUCCAGAGCAAGAUCCUGAUCCUGACAGUAUGUGCCGCUGGGAUUGGAGGCACUUUCCAGUAUGGUUACAACAUCUCCAUCAUCAAUGCUCCAACUUCAUACAUUCAGACAUUCAUGAAUGAAACCUGGCUGGAGCGCACAGGUGUUCCCCUCGAGAGCAACGUGAUACUGCUGCUGUGGUCCUUCACUGUGUCUGCAUACCCACUGGGAGGACUCGCCGGGGCUGUUGUGGCUGGUCCCAUGGCCAUCGCCCUGGGAAGGAAGAUGUCCCUGCUGCUGAACAAUGUAUUUGUGAUCAUAGCUGCAAUCUUGUCAGGAUUCAGCCGAAUGGCAAAAUCCUUUGAAAUGAUUAUGCUCAGCAGAUUUUUUACUGGCGUGAAUGCAGGUGUGAGCAUGAACAUUCAGCCCAUGUAUCUGGCGGAAAGUGCCCCUAAGAAGCUCAGAGGAGCCGUGGCCUUGACCUCCGCAUCGUUUACAGCCCUGGGGUUGGUGCUGGGGCAGGUUGUUGGACUCAGGGAGCUGCUAGGAGGGGAAGAGAGCUGGCCAUUCCUUUUAGCUAGCAAUGUAGUACCAGCCCUGAUCCAACUCACGGCUCUGCCUUGGUUCCCUGAAAGUCCUAGAUACCUCUUGAUUGACCGUGGAGAUAAAGAAUCCUGCGUCUCUGCACUGCAAAAGCUCAGAGGCAACAGGGACCUGAGUGUGGAGCUGGAAGAGAUGCUGGCUGAACAGGCUGCCGUUAAAGGUCAGAGAGCGAAGAACCCUUGGGAACUCUUCCAAAAUCCAGCUUUGAGGUGGCAGCUGAUGAGUAUCAUUGUGCUGAGCAGUGCCAUGCAGCUCUGUGGGAAUGACUCGAUGUAUUUUUAUGCAGCCUAUGUGUUCCAAGAGGCUGGAAUUCCUCGGGACAAAAUCCCCUACGUUGUAAUUGGCACAGGGAGUUGUGAACUGAUCGCAUCCGUCACCUGUAAUAUGGUUAUAGACUAUGCUGGUCGGAGGCCUCUGCUCCUCGGAGGAUAUAUCUUCAUGGCAGGAUGGGCCAUUGUCUUCAUGGUUGCUCUGAGCCAGCAGACUCAGCUCAGCUGGAUGCCUUAUCUCAGCAUGGCCUGCGUUUUUGCCUAUAUCCUGAGCUUUGGAAUCGGACCAGCUGGUGUAACAGGAGUUCUGCCCACAGAGGUUUUUGAUCAAAUGUCCCGCCCAGCUGCUUACAUGAUCUGUGGCUCUCUGCUCUGGUUCAACCUAUUUCUGGUUGGAACAGCCUUUCCGUUCAUUGUGAAAAGUCUAGCACAUUUCUGCUAUGUCCCAUUCCUUGUGGUCUGCAUCUGCACUGCGUUCUACGUUGGAUUUUUUCUUCCUGAGACAAAGGGAAAGUCCUUCCUGGAAAUCUCAGAGGAGUUCAAGAAACGGAACUUCAAAGCUCAGACUCAUGCAGUAUUUUAUAAAGGCCCUGAAGAGAUCAAAUCCACCAUGUUGUAGCAAAAGAAAGGAAGAUGGUAUCUGGGGGAGAUUCAGCAAUGGUUAUGUUGUCUUGCAGGGACACAGGGAGAGAGAGGGUUAAGGACAAUAUAUUGCUCUUAGGUUCUUAGGUUCACCUUGAAAAUAUAUACUUGAACUGAUAAAUCCCAACAAAAGUUUAAUAAUCCAUUUUCAGUGUUUAGUAUGAAGUAACACACACGUACUUUAGAAUCCAUAUUAGAAUGACACAAUGAUGUCUUAUUCUUUUAUUGUCAAACAACACAAUGCAGUGCUUUAGCAAAUUUCUUCUGCAUUUCUUCCAUACCUGUCCUCCACCCGAACAGUAACUUUCAUCUCAGCAGCCUUUCUUUCCUUGCCCCUGAAUCUGGGCUCUCUAACAUAGAAAUUAAUACGAUUAAGUUCUGUUUUCAGACAGCAGAUGAAAUUCUCAGUACCCUGUCUUGGUGCUACCAUUUCAAAUAGACCUCUACUUGUUAAGCAAUAGUGAGUGGUUAAUUAUUUUCAGCUAUAAAAACAUGUGACAGACGGAUUAGGAAGAAAGCUUCUAGUACUUGCUAAGUGGCUUAUUAUACAACUGACUUUUGGGCAUUGUUUUGCAGACUAUUUAUUCUGGACUGAUUUUCUUCAUGGCUUGUUUGUUGUCCUCCAGUCCUAUGUUAUAAAGCACAAGUAAUCCUCUAGUCCAGUUUGUACUGCUCUCAUGGGCAGUGCUGGUGCAUCAAGUAGGGCUUUAUGCCUGUGCUCUGCUAGAGUUACAGUGUGGUGAGGAGCUUUAUGGCAGCAGUUUAUUUUGGAUGUGGAGGUUUAGAUCACAGCAGAACAUCCUCUGCAGCAUGUUCUUGGUUAUCUCCAUAAAGCAUAUUGGAAAAGACUCAGAUGGAAUUCUCUUCAGCUAACCUGUUACACAGAAGGGCAAACUCCUCAUUUUAUAUUGCCUCUCAAAGGCAUUGUGUUGACUGGGGAAGUUUCUUCCAGUUUCUUCUCAUAACCACAAUCAAGCCAUCUCUUUUUUUUGGCUUUGUUUGAAUGAAAGCCACAGCAUUGCUGAUGUUUGCCGGCAAGAACAACAUGUACAUUGUCAAAAUAAGUAGUUAAAAGU